AAAUGUGAACAGACCUUAAACUUUCCACCAAACACCUUAAAUUAAUUUAUUUAAUAAUCAAUAAAUUAAUGUUAAUAAAAUAAACUAAUUUUGCUCGAAUAAACUAAUUAUCAAACACGGCCUCAAAACAAAAAACGACGCCAAUCAAGCCCUAAGCUAAACCAUACUCCAUUUUCAAACGUUUUUCCAAUGUUCUCUCUUUUUCUCUCUUUCCCCCUCUCUCUUUCCCCAAUCAAAGUGUGCAGAGUAAUUUAGACUCACUUCAUCUCUACAUUUUUUCUUUGUGCUUACUUUGGGAGUAGGAAUAUACAACACAUGCAUUAAAACCUACUCGUACAGUCCUACAUUACUCUUCACUUUCAUCCAUUUCAAUUUUCGAUCAAAUUCAUUCAAACAAUUUCCCAGAAAUUGCUUGUUCUGGCCUCUUCUCAGCAUGAUUGAAAGACAGAAUUUGGAGUCAGAUCAUUUGCAACUUUCACCUCCUUCAGAUCUUCCACCCUUUGCAAGCUUUGAUGGGAUGGGAAUGGAUAUGGAGACAAAGAUAGAGACAGAGACAGAGAUAGAGACGGAAACAGCGAUAGAGAUAGAGACAGAGAUGGACUCUCCAAAGCACCAGAUUAUGCGCAGACCAGGUUUUGGGAGUGCUGGCCGUCACAUAUCCCUGCUUGUGAAUCAUUUGAAAGUUUCUGUUGAAUCUCCAGAUGUGGCAUUUUAUCAGUAUUCGGUUAAGAUAACUUCUGAAGACUGUAAACCAAUUGACAGCAAGUCGAUUUGCGUAAAAAUUAUCGAUAAGCUAUUCCAGAAACACUCAUCUAAACUAGAUGCCAAAAAAUUUGCAUUUGAUGGAAAGGAGAAUUUGUAUACUGUUGGUCCUCUACCUCAGAAAACCUAUGACUUAACUUUGAUGUAUGAAGAGUCGAUUGGACUGAGUGCUGAUAACCCCAGUGAACCCACGAAGAAAUCUAAACAUUCUUUGGCACCAAAGCUUUUUACGGUGGAGCUCAACUAUUGCCGUGAAAUUGGUGUGCAACCAGUUGCUGUAAAUAAUGAAGAGCAUAACCUAUGUGAAACUGAGGAUGCAUUAAGGGUGAUCAAUACCAUACUGAGGCAACGGGCUAUCAAUAAGGGUUGCCUUUUGGUUAGGCAGUCGUUUUUCCAUGAUGACUCCAGGAACUUCUUUGAGAUUGAUGGAGGUUUAGUUGGUUUGCGUGGGUUUGAUUCUAGUUUUCACAUGACAAGUGCAGGAUUGUCACUGAAUUUAGAUGUUGCUAUGACUUUAGUUCUGAAACCUGGACCUAUUCUUGAUUUUCUAUUAACUAACCAAAAUGUGCUAGAGCCUCGCUACAUUGACUGGGAAAAGGCCAAAAGAAUGUUGAAAAACUUGAGAAUCAAGACAAGUCAUACCAACAAGAUAUACAAAAUUAUAGGGUUGAGUGAUAAGCCAUGCUACAAGCUAAGUUUUCAACAUAAAGCAAAAAAGGAUAGUGGCUCCAAUGAAGAUCAAUUCCAGGAGAUGACUGUGUUCGAAUAUUUCCGGAAUCAUUGUGGUGUGGUGCUAACUUUUUCAAAAUACAUGCCUUGCCUUGAUGUUGGCAAGCCAGAUAAACCAAUCUAUCUACCAAUUGAGGUCUGUUCACUGAUCUCUCUUCAACGCUAUCGAAAAUUGCUGUCUCCAACUCAGCGUAUAACUUUAUUGGAAAAAACCAAACUAAAGCCCCAUGACCGAAUGAAAUCUCUGACAGAUGCUGUGAAGAACAACCAGUAUGAAAAUGACCCACUGCUGGUUGCUUGUGGUAUUUCGAUUGAGAAGCAGUUUAUGCAAAUUGCUGGCCGUGUCCUUGAACCACCUAAGCUAAAGGUCGGCAGAGGUCAAGAUUGCAUGCCUGAAGAUGGCCGAUGGAACUUUAAGAAUAAACAAUUUCUGGACCCUGUUAAUAUUAAGUGCUGGGCUAUUGUAAACUUUUCUUCUAAUUGUGAUACAAGCUUUCUUUCUCGAGAACUCAUCAAUUAUGGACGGAGAAAGGGCAUGGAUAUUGAAAGACCAUAUGCAUUGGUUGAAGAGAAUCAGCAGAUGAAGAAAGCCAGCCCUUUGGCAAGAGUUGAUGCAAUGUUUGAGAAAUUACAGGAUAAGCUCCCAGAUCAACCAGAAUUCAUUCUGUGUGUAUUGCCAGAUCGUAAAAUUUCUAAUUUAUAUGGACCCUGGAAACUGAGAAGUUUGAGUAACUUUGGGCUUGUAACACAAUGUGUUUGCCCUGUGAAAAUAACUGAACGUUAUCUCACAAAUGUACUUAUAAAAAUCAAUGCUAAGCUGGGAGGUAUGAAUUCUUUAUUGGCUAUAGAAGAGCCCUGUUAUGUUCCCCAUGUGAAGGAUAUUCCAACUAUGAUCGUUGGUAUGGAUGUCUCCCAUGGUUCGCCAGGCAGUUCAGAUCCUUCAAUUGCUGCGGUUGUUGGUUCUGUAUAUUGGCCCCUUAUAUCAAGAUAUAGAGCAGCUGUAAGAGCUCAAUCUCCAAGAACUGAGAUAAUAGAUACACUGUUCAAACCACAAGAUGGUGGAGAGGAUACUGGUAUCAUGAGGGAGCUUUUGAAGGACUUCUUUGUUACAAGUGAGGGCCGAAAACCUAAACAGAUAAUAGUUUUCAGGGAUGGAGUAAGUGAUUCGCAAUUCAGUCAAGUCCUUGACAUUGAGCUGGAGCAGAUAAAACAGGCUUACCUGGGUCUGGGAGAGGCAGAAAUGCCAAAAUUCACAGUAAUUGUUGCACAAAAGAGACACCGUACCCGACUAUUCGAAGUGGGGGCUGCUGGCAAUGUUCCACCUGGGACAGUUGUGGACACUGAAGUUGUGCAUCCAAGGAAGUAUGAUUUCUACAUGUGUGCUCAUGGGGGGAUGAUUGGUACGUUGCGGCCUGUUCACUAUCAUGUAUUGCUUGAUGAGAUCGGUUUCUCACCAAAUGAGCUUCAAAAUUUCAUUCACUCUUUAUCCUAUGUUUAUCAAAGGAGCUCUCAUGCUACCUCAGUAGUGGCACCUAUCUCUUACGCCCAUCAUGCAGCCCGACAAGUAGGACAGAUUGUCAGAUGUGAUGAGCUUCCUGAGAACAGCACUGAGAACAAUGGCUUCACAUCCACAGGAAGUAUCCCUGUCCCAGAACUGCCCAGAUUACAUAAAAACGUCAAGGAUACCAUGUUUUUCUGCUAACUGGUCAUGGUCUUUCUUAGUAUAUGAGGCAGACAUGUGUAUAUCCAUUUGUGUAUAUAUGCCCAUGCAUAGGGAUUCUGUGACAUUCUGAUCUGAUUGAGGAGGGUCUAACAUGCUGGUGACGUCGUGUAAAUCUUGCAGGUUAAAACUUUGGCUGUGUACAGAUGGGUUAGGGAGUUUUUUGCUUUGUUACGGUUCAACUUAUUAGGAAAUUUUCUGAUACAUUGAUGUGGGUAGAAAGUUUUGCCUUUAAAAACUAUUUCAAGCUGGUGCUUGUUAUCUAUCUCCAUGAGUUGCUGAAACCAAGAAAAACAAAAAUUGCUCUUUGUUCUCCCCCCUCUUGUUCAAUUCUUCCUAUUCUUAGCUCGUGUAUUAUUUUUUUCGUCUAAUUCCUGUUUGGGGGUCAAGAUGUACCAUCGGUUUUGGUCCGAUGUAACUAAAAGUUCUAUUACACUAUUAAGGCCUAAAAACAUUAACGAGCCUAUGAGACUACUAUAAUUACCUCUUGGAAGCAGAA